AUGUUGCGCGCCGCGCUGUGGACGUGCGCGCUGCUCGCGCUCGCUUCCGCGCACAUCUACGAGCGCUGCGAGCUCGCGCGCGAACUACAAGCCCUCGGCGUGGAACGCGAACAGAUAUCCACGUGGGUCUGCAUCGCCUUCCACGAGUCCCGGUUCGACACAGCCGCCAAAAACCAUUACAGCGGCGACCACGGACUCUUCCAAAUCAGUGAGCUGUACUGGUGCGGCCCUGGCAAGGCUUGCGGCCUCCCCUGCUCUGCAUUGAGGGAUGAAGAUAUAUCAGACGACUUGGAGUGCGCCUUACGAAUAAAAGAAGAACACACGAGGCUGCAGGGCGAUGGAUUCCUUGCCUGGGUAGUGUAUCCUCAACAUUGCAAGCAUAACACGAAGAAGUACAUUGUAGACUGCGACAGUCAGCUGAAGGACGUACCAGCGAAAACUCGUAUGAGACCGCGUACGUUCAAUUCUUAUGAACGUAACAAUGCAUCUUUCGACUACAAUCCGAACAUCGACGAUUUGAAACCGCCGUACCUCUCCAUCAACUCGAUUGUUCGAGGUGGCUUUAGUAAAAUACUAGAAUCGAGCCAUUAUCAGAAAAAUUCUGAUUCUCCAUAUAGCUGGUUGAAUUAUAAGAUAGACAAUAUUGAUGAGCUUACUUUACCCGUGUUGGGAAAGGCGUCUGAGCCGUACACAACGCCCCGAAGGACAACAACAACUACAACGACGACUACGACGACUACUACUCCUUCAACGACCACGACAUGGAGCACCUAUCCACCUAUCAAAGUAUGGAGGAGGAUUGAAACAAAUGAUUUCCGGAAAAAACCAGCUAAAAUUGACAAGAAAACUACCCCAUCAAAGUGGUCUGAGUUAGAAAAACCAUCGCCGUCUUACUUUGAAUCAUCAACGUCGAAUACUACACCUUCAAAGUGGUUGGAGUUAGGAAAGCCGUCGCCUUCAUACUCUGUAUCGUCAACGCCGAGCGCUACACCUACUAAGUGGUUAGAUUUAGGAAAGCCAUCGCCUUCAUACUCUGUAUCGUCAACGCCGAGCGCUACACCUACAAAGUGGUUGGAUUUAGGAAAGCCGUCGCCUUCAUACUCUGUAUCGUCCACGCCGAGCGCUACGCCUUCAAAGUUGUUGGAGUUAGAAAAGCCGUCACCUUCGUACUCUGUAUCGUCAACGCCGAGCGCUACACCUACAAAGUGGUUGGAUUUGGGAAAGCCGUCGCCUUCAUACUCUGUAUCGUCCACGCCGAGCGCUACACCUACAAAGUGGUUGGAGUUAGGAAAGCCAUCACCUUCGUACUCUGUAUCGUCGACGCCGAGCGCUACACCUACAAAGUGGUUGGAUUUAGGAAAGCCGUCGCCUUCAUACUCUGUAUCGUCAACGCCGAGCGCUACACCUACAAAGUGGUUGGAGUUAGGAAAGCCAUCGCCUUCAUACUCUGUAUCGUUAACGCCAAGCGCUACGCCUUCAAAGUGGUUGGAGUUAGGAAAGCCAUCGCCUUCAUACUCUGUAUCGUCAACGCCGAGCGCUACACCUACAAAGUGGUUGGAUUUAGGAAAGCCGUCGCCUUCAUACUCUAUAUCGUCAACGCCGAAUACUACGCCUUCAAAGUUGUUGGAGUCAGGAAAGCCAUCACCUUCGUACUCUGUAUCGUCGACGCCGAGCGCAACGCCUUCAAAGUUGUUGGAUUUAGAAAAGCCGUCACCUUCGUACUCUGUAUCGUUAACGCCGAGCGCUACGCCUUCCAAGUGGUUGGAUUUAGGAAAGCCAUCACCUUCGUACUCUGUAUCGUCAACGCCGAACGCUACGCCUUCAAAGUGGUUGGAAUUAGGAAAGCCGUCACCUUCAUACUCUGUAUCGUCAACACCGAAUACUAUGCCUUCAAAGUUGUUGGAGUUAGAAAAGCCGUCACCUUCGUACUCUGUAUCGUUAACGCCGAGCGCUACGCCUUCAAAACGGUUGGAGUUAGGAAAACCGUCACCUUCAUACUCUGUAUCGUCGACGCCGACCAUUAGUGAAAGUUACGAGCCCCGAACCCUUAGGACUUCGACUGAAGCUACUACAGUCACCAAGCCGACUACUAAAGCCCCAACCACAACCAUUUCUACAACCAGAGUCUACACGACUACAACUACGCCAUUCAUUUGGACCACCACUACCAAGCCUACUCAACGUCAGUUCUCAUCUAUAAAGUUCAAUACUAAAUCUUCUGUUGUACCUACGACAAGGUUUCCUUCAUUUUCAUAUUCUACAACUAGCAAACCCUCAACACUCAGUUCGAACACUGCCAAACCUUACUACCAACGAGAAUUAUCUAUAAAGAAAACAACGGAACCUUCUUUUGUAACUACGAGGUGGUUUUCAUCACCUACUUAUUUUACAACUGAUAAACCCGCAACACGGUUGACUACUGCCAAACCGUACUUCAAUCGUGAACUAACUUAUGCAAAGGACACUACGGAAAUUCCUACUGUAUCUAAGGCAAGAGUCCCGCAGCCCACAUAUUUUACAACUAGUAGACCCUCAACAACUACUUCUACUCAAAAACCAACAACCACAACUAAAAGACCCACAACAUUUACCUUUACUACUCAAAGGCCAACAACUACAACUAAAAGACCCACAAGAACCACCUCUACCACUCAAAGAACAACAACUACAACUAAAAGAACCACAGAUUGGUCCUUUACAAGAAGUAUUUCAAGUUCAAGCAAACCGAUUUAUGGAUCAGCUAUAAUUAAAGGUACGACUACGCAGAAACCGAUAACCUUUACCAGCCGAACACUGAAACCCACAAACUCUUGGAGUUAUACCCGAGAAACUACACAACCAACUACAAAACAGACGGUCGUAACUACAACACCAAGGAAUAGAUACAGCUUUUACCAGCCAAGCUCUUCUACGACUGUUAAACCUAUUUUCAAAACCACAACCGAAAAACCAGAUGCAUUUAAAGUUUUCAACACGUUCAGAACUUCGAGGUUUUUGACUGAAAAUACCUCUCAAAGAUCGACUAGUCGUUCUUUUUCGGCUUUCACAAGCCGGCCGGUGACGGCGCCUUCCAUAAAGGCGUCUACGCAAAGGCAAGUGACAACUCGUGGACCUACAGCACAAAGCUCGUCAACCACCAAAAGUUGGCAGUCAAUAUUUGACCUCUACUUGAAACCGACUCAAAGGCCGACAAUGAAACCACUGGUAUUCAAGGAGCUUAGUAAAAAUGCAUAUAGACUGAAAAUAUUUUCAGGUGGCACCACCACACCGGUCCCGCUUAAUACUUUACGUGGGAGCGCCAAGCUAUAAAAAUACUGCCAAAUAUAAGAAUGGAGAGCCUCCAUUGCGUAUCGUGGGGAUUCCGGAUAAGAUUAUAAAUCGAUUUUUCUUUACGAGCGCACCUGCGGAUCAAAAUCUUGAAAGUCUCGAAUAGCGCGCACGUUAACCUUUAAAGCGACACCAGCUUGACAGGAUCUUGCGAUAGCACGUGGAGGCUCUCGAUAUGUCAAUGUGCCAUAGAAACGGCACUAGUAUGUACUUUAAGUGUGUGUAAAUAUUAGUUUAGUAUAUUUCUAUUUGAACAGGCAAAAAACCUUAACCUCCUACAACGUUUAUUUGUCUGUUCGAAGCCAUUAAAAUUAAACCAAAAGGCAUUUAUUAUGUUUAAUGUUUCGAUCGCAAAUAUAGCUUUGAAACAA